ACGUCUGAAGAAGCUUCAGAAGAAACUUUGACCACCUCAGUUGUUAGCCUAGCAGCGGAGACACAUAUCUCCUUUAUUGUUUACCAGUCCCGUAUUUGUUCGACUAGCCCUUUUAAAAAGAUGUGGUUUAUUUAUUUACUCAGCUGGUUGUCGCUGGUGGUGCAGAUAUGUUUCGUUACUCUCGCUAUCGCUGCAGGCCUGUAUUACCUGGCAGAGUUAAUAGAGGAGUACACCGUCGCCACCAGCCGCAUUAUAAAAUAUAUGAUUAUGUUCUCCACAGCGGUGCUGGUGGGACUCUUUCUGUUUGAGGGCUUCCCCACGCUCAUGAUCGGAGUGGGUCUCUUCACCAACCUGGUUUACUUCGGUCUGCUGCAGACGUUUCCAUACAUCAUGCUGACCUCGCCCAACUUCAUCCUGUCAUGUGCACUGGUUGUGUUAAACCACUAUAUGGCCUUCCAGUAUUUUGCGGAGGAGUACUAUCCUUUCUCUGAGGUUCUAGCAUACUUCACUAUAUGUCUGUGGGUGACUCCGUUCUCAUUCUUUGUUUCCCUGUCUGCUGGAGAGAAUGUUCUGCCAUCCGUUGUGCAGCAGGGAGACGAUGUGGUGUCAAAUUACUUCACUAAAGGCAAGCGGGGCAAGCGCUCCGGCAUCCUGCUCAUCUUCUCCUUCCUGAAGGAGGCCGUUUUGCCAAGCCGACAGAAGAUGUACUGAUGAAGCGGUUCAGAUGCGCAUCAAGCGGAGGGGUUUGUUCAGGCCACCGGCCCCUUUCAGUAGACAGUGUGUUUUUGUGGGAGGAACGAUAAUAAUGAGGCUGAAUCUGUAGCCGAGGGAGAGGACCCUCGAAUUAACUUACUGUCUGUUGAUUCAUGUCCAGAGUCGCCGGCUAAUUUCUUCUUAGGCGUCUAAAGCCAUGAAAGGACUUGAGAAGUCUUUCAUUCGUGAAGGCUUGAUCUUGUGACGUGUCUGUACGUGGAUGACUGUGGAAGGGGCUUCGGCUUCUCUAGAGGCUCCUGCUGAUUUUCUUGUGAUUGCAUCACUUCGAAAGCCAAUGUUUGUGUUCGCUCAUGAAUGAAUUGAUAUGUCUGGAUUAUUUGUUCACAUUUUAAAGGAACGUUUUACCCUGAAUCCAAUGUUCGGUUCGCUCGCUUCAUCACAUCUUACACUACAAGUAUUUGUUUGAGGUUAGACUUUUAUAAUGACCUGAUGUUGAGGCAGUUUCAGUAAGGAUUGUUUGUGUUGAUUUAUAAAUCCAUUUUCUAUCAGCCGUUGGUGUGACAAGCAAAGAAAAGCUAUUUUUUGGGGGUAAAAUGUUGCUUUAAAUACUGCAAUCAUGAGAGCCAUAGUGUUGGCCAUGCUUAAUUUGUGUGCUGUACAGAAAUAUAAUAAAAUUCAGUUGUAUGAGUUUUUGAAAGGUAAACAUUGUCAUGUACAAAUGAGAAGAUGCACAGAGGGUGAAUCUCAGAAUCAUUUCAGCCCAAAGUUACCUAAAAAAAUCUUG